UGAAAAGAGUCGAAACAGAUCCCAUUGUGGUGUUGGAGAGGAGUGAAUCGCUGCCUGAGAGAAGAGGAGAAGAGGCGAUUUCGUGACCAUAAAGAGACUCGUGAUAAGCGGACAGACGUGGACGUGAAUGCACAACACAGACGCUGUUGCCCUGUGUGAAGAGGACCGCGUCGUCCAGCCGGAUAGAGCCGGUAUAUGAAGAGUUAAGACUCGACAUCCCAACUGUUUAUUUCGGCAGCUAGCAGGCUAGCUGGCUAAGAUACCUAUGUGCUAGAAAUGGGAAGCCCGUGUGAGUUCGCAUGAUAGAGAUCUUCGUCGAGCUUGGAAAAAGCUGUUUUGGGUUUAGAUUUCGUCGGCGGUGAUUUAAAGUAUCCGUCGCCCGCCUAGUAAGUCGCCGCAACUUUGAAGAAUGAUGUCAACUGAGCGCUAAGCAUUUCCCUACUACAGACCCGGAGAGGGAAAAGUCAUACAGGCCUGCUGGCACGAGGUUGCACACAAACACCAAGAAGAAGAACAUGACUCACAGGCCUCAGCCAGAGGCUGGCACGGGGCAGAUGUGCCAACCCCACCCCAUCGCGCCCCUUUAGAAUCUACCCCGGUACACCAUGAGGCAUUGAGGUUGGCUCCCUGACGAUCAUCUCAAUACCUCUCCUCUUCCCUAUCCCUCAAGAACCCCCCCUCCCCCUCCCUGCAUUGUCCCCAUCAUGCUGCGCUUCCUGCCUCUCAAACUUGGCCGCCUGUACCGCUGUCUGAAGCUCUUACUGGUGGUGGGAUUGUUUGUCAUCUUGUUGAUGAACACCCACAACCUGUUCGCCUCCUUCCAGAAGAAUGAGCUCACUGACAGACGCUUCAUCAACCUCAACAAGUGUCCCGCCUGUUUUGGCACCAGCUGGUGCCGCAAAUUCAUGAACGGCCAGGUGUCCUUUGAGACCUGGGGUCGCCUGCGAUUCCUAGACGUUUUCAAUGUCAAGAAUGUUUACUUUGCUCAGUACGGCGAGCCCAGGGAGGGCACCCGCCGUGUGGUGCUCAAGCGGCUCGGCUCCAACCAGGAGCUGGCUGAGAUAGACCAGAAAAUCUGCAAGAGGGCCACAGGCAGGCCGCGCUGUGACCUCAUCCAGGCAAUGUACAAGACGGAAUUUUCCCGGAUCAAUGGCGAUGUUCGCCUGCUCACUCCAGAGGUGGUGGAGGGCUGGUCAGAUCUUGUGCACUGCCCCUCUCAAAGGUUGCUGGACCGUGUGGUCCGCAGGUAUGCUGAGACCAAAGACUCGGGCAGCUUCCUGCUAAAGAACCUUAAGGACACGGAGAGAAUGCAGCUGCUCAUGACCUUGGCAUUCAACCCGGAACCACUCGUACUACAGAGCUUUCCGUCAGACGAAGGGUGGCCGUUCGCCAAGUACCUGGGAGCGUGUGGGCGCAUGGUAGCUGUCAACUACGUGGGCGAGGAGCUGUGGAGCUUUUACAACGCACCCUGGGAGAAGAGGGUAGAUUUGGCGCGUCAGCUGAUGGACAUCGCCGAGCAGCUCACCAACAAUGACUUUGAGUUUGCCCUCUACUUGCUUGAUGUCAGCUUCGAUAACUUUGCGGUCGGCCCGCGCGACGGAAAGGUCAUCGUUGUUGAUGCCGAGAAUGUGCUCGUGGCAGACAAAAGGCUGAUCAAGCAGAACAAGCCGGAAAGCUACGACGUGUGGUAUGAGAGCCGUUUUGAGGAGUGCGACAGGGAGGCCUGCCUGUCUUUCUCUAAGGACUCCCUUUGUUCCAGGGUCACUGUGGACCACAACUACUAUGCUGUGUGCCAGAACCUGCUGUCGCGGUAUGCUACGUGGCGGGGCACCACUGGAGGCCUCCUCCAUGACCCCCCCGCCCACAUAGCUAAAGAUGGACAACUCGAGGCCAUGUUGGACGAGUGCACCAGACCCAAAAAGCGAUACGGCCGCUUCCAGGCGGCCAAGGAACUGCGCGAAUACCUCACACAGCUAGCCGCCGCUUCUUCCUCCGCUACGGCCAGGUAAUAAACGGAGACGGCGUUAGCCCGACGCACUGAGAGACUGGAUCCUGUACUCUGUAUCUCCGGACUCUUGAGAUCCUGGUUCUUGUACAUGAUGUCAUUCUCUCCCCUUUGUGCACUGGAUCAGGAGAGUGUUAGAGGUCUUGCAUCAGGCAGUGUAAGAAUCAAACUUCAAAGCAGAUUUGUUAAAGCUCUGGCUUUAACCUGACUUUGCACCCCAUGUGAAAGAGCAGUGUGGCGCUAAGAGAUUCUGCUUAGAACCAGAAUAGAGGUAACCUUUCCUCUCCCAGGGUGGGCUGCCCUCCUUGAUGGGGGGUAGGUGAAAAAGGGCUCUGGUAAACGCAUCCCUCACUGGACCCAGGCUAACGCACACUAGGGCAUUCAAGACGCAAGAACAGCAACAACAUCGCACAGCCCUGACCACAUCCAUCCUCCUGUUCACUCCUCAAUCCAUCAGAACUGAUGUUUCAGAACAUUGAAUCUUAACACCUGUUUCAUUUUGCCCCCAGGAUCUCUUGGUUGUUUUUUUUUUUUUCAGGGCUGAAUUUAAGUAGAUUGGUGCGUUUACAUCCUUGUUGUGCCAUGGCUUCUUUUUUUUUUCUCUCUGUAGCAUGGCUGCAGGGAAGGCAAAGGUAGCAUGAAUCUCCUACUGUCAGGCAGCGGAGAUUGCCAAGCUACAGCAGGUAGAGAGGAGAGGCAGAGGGUUGUGGGGUUUUGUUUUGUUUUUUUUUAUGCAGGAGAAAAAAAGAAAACCCUUGACGGCUAUAUAAAUCUAAUUUCCUGCUACUCCAAUCAAUCACUUGAUUUCCAGGAUUGUGGCAAUCAUAUAUUUUUGGGGUUUUUUUUAGUGUUGUUCUUCCCUUCUUAUAGGAAACAGAGGGUGUAAGACUGCUGCACAUAGGAAAAGGAAUGGAAUUGGACAGUGGUGGUCCCUUGAUGCAGAUGUGCCUAUACCAAAGAGGCUAUAUAUAAUAAGAACCCGAAGCAGUACAGAGUGACAGCACUUUUCCCUCCAGUUGUUCGCCACUAGAGCUGUCCAAAGGAACCGUAAUGUGUAAACAAUCGUAAAUGAGCUGGCAGCCCAUCCUCCCACCCCCAAAAUCAAAGAUUGGGCGGAAUGUCACAUAACCCCUCUCUGCUUUGUUAACCUCCCAUACGACUGAUAAAUGAUGAUCAGAUAGGCUUAGACGUGUUUUUCUUCAACAAGGUCAAAAACAUCUUGACUAAAUGAAAGUGGGGAAAAUGAAGUGAUUCUGAAGAGGACUGGAAAACCACAGUUUAAAAAAAAAAAAAAAAAAAAGCAUAGUAGUGGCGUCCAGUGCCAAUUCUUUUUAAAUGUCUGUGAUCAAUCCUGUUGUGAAACUUCUCCCACUAGUGUUGCGUGCAGUCAGCUCUAUCAAGUAAAUGUUUAAAAAAUUAAAUGAAGAUAUCCUAAAUUCCCUCCUUACUCCACAACUGGCGUCUGACCUGCACUUUAAAAAUUUGCAGCCCAGAAUUCUUUUUGUUGAAUAUUUAAACGCUCAGCACCACUUAGAGGUUUGGUUGAUUUUACACUCAGUGGACCAGCGAAUUAAAGCAUGAUCACAAAUAUAAAGGCUCAUUUGGGAAUGGAUUAUGAAAGAUCUUGCUUGAAUAACCUUAAAAAAAGAAGAAGAAAUCCCCUCAUAUGUUUUUGUAUGUCAUCUGUCUUGAUAUUGUGAAUCAGACGCUAAAUGCCCAGUGGAGUGUUGUGUAGCACAGUCAAUAGGCAGGCAAAUAAUCAAGUAAAUAUGAGCCACUCCGUCUACGGGGGAAACUAGAAAAGCACAGCAGUUGCUUUUUUUGGCCUUCUGCGAGACCCGGGGAGCUGACGUGACUCUGUCAGGCAGGAAAAGCAAUAAAGAGAAGUUUGGCUGAUGGAC